CAAAGUGCCAAUACCUUGGUUAAAUAUUAAAAUUGUAUAUAUGGCUCCAAUAAAAGCUCUCUGCAGUCAGCGCUUUGAUGAUUGGAAAGAAAAAUUUGGACCUAUUGGACUCAUCUGUAAGGAACUAACAGGAGAUACAGCAGUGGAUGACUUAUUUGAAAUACAGCAUGCUCACAUUAUUUUGACUACGCCAGAAAAGUGGGAUAGCAUGACUAGAAAGUGGAGAGAUAACUCUUUAGUUCAGCUCGUGAGACUUAUCCUGAUUGAUGAGGUACAUGUUGUAAAAGAUGAGAGCCGGGGUGCUACUCUUGAAGUUGUGGUCAGCCGAAUGAAAACUAUUCAGUCUUCUUUCUCACAAAGUUCUGACAAUCCUAGCUCAGUAUUUCCCAUGAGAUUUGUGGCAGUUUCUGCAACAAUUCCAAAUGCAGAAGAUAUUGCAGAAUGGCUUUCAGAUGGCAAGAGGCCUGCUGUAUGCCUGAAAAUAGAUGAAAGACACCGUCCAGUGAAGCUGCACAAAGUUGUGCUUGGAUUUCCCUGCAGUAGCAAUCAAACUGAAUUCAAAUUUGACUUAACACUUAACUAUAAAGUAGCUAGUGUUAUUCAAACAUACUCUGAACAAAAGCCAACACUUGUGUUCUGUGCCACAAGGAAAGGAGUUCAGCAAGCUGCUUCUGUACUAGCAAAAGAUGCUAAAUUUAUUAUGACUAUAGAACAAAAACAAAGAUUACAAAGAUCUGCAAAUGUAAUAAAAGAAGCCAAGCUAAAGGAUCUCCUAAUUUGUGGAGUUGCUUAUCAUCAUGCUGGAGUAGAAAUGUCUGACAGAAAAAUAAUUGAAGCAGCUUUUAAUAUGGGAGACAUACCUGUUCUUUUUACUACUAGUACACUUGCCAUGGGAGUAAAUUUACCAGCACACCUGGUAGUUAUAAAAUCAACUAUGCAUUAUGCUGGAGGAAUGUUUCAAGAGUAUAGUGAAACUGAUAUUUUGCAAAUGAUUGGGAGAGCAGGAAGACCUCAAUUUGAUACAACAGCAACAGCAGUUAUCAUGACAAGGCUAAGUACAAGAGACAAGUAUGUUCAUAUGUUAAAUGGUGCAGAUACAAUAGAAAGCAGUUUGCACAAACAUCUAAUUGAGCACUUAAAUGCUGAAAUAGUGCUUCACACCAUCACUGAUGUGAACAUAGCUCUAGAAUGGGUGAGAUCAACUUUCCUCUAUAUCAGAGCUUUGAAGAAUCCAGCUUAUUAUGGGUUUUCAGCUGGGCUGGACAGAAAUGGAAUUGAAGCAAAAUUACAAGAACUAUGUUUGAAGAAUUUGAAUGAUUUAUCAUCACUUGAUUUGAUCAAGAUGGAUGAUAAUCUCUAUUUCAAAACCACAGAAACUGGACGACAGAUGGCUUGGUAUUAUAUUGCAUUUGACACUGUAAAAAAGUGUUUCAUGAUUAAUGGAACAGCAACUUUAUCUGAACUGGUUGAAUUGAUAUCUGGUUGCAGUGAAUUUUCAGACAUCAAGUUAAGAACAAAUGAGAAAAAAGUACUUAAUUCCUUGAACAAAGAUAAGAAGUGGAUGAACAUAAGAUAUCCAAUGGAAGGAAAAAUAAAAACAAGAGAAAUGAAAGUAAACUGUCUUAUUCAGGCACAGUUGGGAUGCAUUCCCAUACAAGAUUUCACCUUGACGCAAGAUAUAGGAAACAUUUUUAGAAAUGGCAUAAGACUUACAAAAUGGUUAUCUGAAUUUCUGGCUACCCAUAAAAACAACUUUAUUGUAUUACUAAACUCUUUGAUUUUAGCGAAGUGCUUCAGAUGUAGACUUUGGGAAAAUUCACUGAAUGUAUCCAAACAGCUUGAAAAAAUCGGCAUGAGUUUAUCAAAUACAAUGAUGAAUGCAGGAUUGACGUCCUUUAAAAAAAUAGAAGAUACAAAUGCAAGAGAGCUUGAAUUGAUUUUGAACAGACAUCCUCCUUUUGGAAAUCAGAUUAAAGAGUCAGUAGCACAUCUUCCAAAAUAUGAACUUAACAUAGAGCAGCUGGCAAAGUACAAUGAAGCAGUAGCUGAAAUCAUAGUUACAAUCACAUUAACCAACUUUGAACAGCUGCAGAUAAAAAGAACUGCUCCAGAUUUUCAUUAUACAACCCUAGUAAUAGGAGAUAAUGAUAAUCAUGUGGUUUUUAGACAAAGGAUUAUGGAUUCUGCUUUGCUGAAAACUGGAAACUGGACUAAAAAGAUUGAAGUAAGAAGAGCUGUUAAUUCUGAUGAGCUUAAUAUAAAUCUAAUCAGUUCUGAAUAUGAAGCCACUUGUAGCCAAGAAUCACUAAGCAUAAAGAAUGGAAAUAGAAAAUGCAAUCACCACUGCAAAAAUAAAGAAACAUGUGGACAUGAUUGUUGUAAAAUUGGAGUUUCAGAGAAAUCUAACGUGAAGAAUGAGUCAGCUUUUUCUUCAUAUCUUACUGACUUAAGAAACAGGAAUGCUGACUCUGCCAUUCCCCCAGUCAAGCGACUAAAGAUGCAGAUGUCAAAUAAAUCUCAAAAAGUCGAUCUUAAACAAUUUAGUUAUAUUCCAAAAGCUUUUCUUCCAGGAUUGCCAAGAUUAGAACAUGUACAACAUCCAAGAUCCCCUUUACCAGAAGACAUCUACAGUUCUAAUGUCUGUCAAACAUUUCAACUGAAACCUGAAGUUCGCAAAAUGAAUGGUUUCUUUGCUAUGAAGCAGUCUGAUGAAAAGAGUAAUCCGACAAUGGGCUCAUAUGAAAAUCUUGAAGAAUCUUCAAUGAGCAACUUGACUGAUGCAGAUAAAAGCGUCUCUUUGUUUUCUGAAACUUUGAGUGUAAAUUUUGAAUUAGGAAAUGAAAUUUGGAAUGAUUAUAAUGAUGGGAGUUUUGUACACAACAACACUAAUAUGCAGGAGUUAAAAGAUCCAGAAUCUUCUCCCCUGGAAUCCAAAAACACGUGCAUUCAGAAUUUGAGAAAAAAUACAUCACUUUGCCAAAACACCCAGAAAAAACCUCCUGAGGCACUUUUUAAAAGUUAUUCUCCAAAUAAAACAAAGCCUGAUGUCUGUUUACACAAUUCUUACUCUCCUUCACUGACUCCUCCAUCCAGUAACAAAUUACUUCUAGAAUAUGGAAAUCAAAAUAUUUUUAGACUUCAAGAAUAUAAUCCACCAGAAAAGCUGAAAAUGAAAUUAACUACACCUUCAGAAACAGCCUUGAGAUCUUACCAAGUUGCUGGAAAGGGAGACUUUUUUAUUACUAACAGAACUAUGACAAAGGGGGUUGAUCUUAGGCAUCGGCCUGAUGAUGAUGGUGAUAUUAAGCCUUUUCUUGGCAUAUUUGAUGGCCUUUUCUAAUGCUCAUAAACACAAUAUUUUAUCAGUGGGAAAGAAUAAA